ACAGAGGGAGGACAUAGUGGAUUCCGUUGGGAAGAAGUCUAUCAUCGCCAGGCGGUUCUCUGGGGAUCUCUCUCGGUUGUACGUGUAGGUUAGCGGUGUCACCUCUGGGAUGACUCCUCCAAGCCUCCACGCCUCUGUGGAUUUAAAUUAGCCUGGAAUAUGAGCAGAAGAAGAAGAUAAGCGGCGGCGGCUGGCUUCCUGCGGGAUUUUACCCAGGCUCUGUUUUUUGUUGUUUUUCCGUGGACAUGCCUGGUCUAUGGAGCAAAGCUGAGCAAAGCUAGCUGGCCGACAGUCCGGCUAGCGCAACAUUUCCAGGCUUUUGGAUGAUUGUUUAGCUGAAGAGCUGAUUUAUUUUGGAUCAGCACUACCUCCCCUGCCUGGGUAAGGAGUCAGCAUGGGGGAGCCCAGCCUGGACGACUCCAAUGUCAAGGUGGCUGUUCGUGUACGGCCCAUGAACAGGAGAGAAAAGGAACUAAACACUAAAUGUGUUGUGGAGAUGGCGAAGAACCAGACCAUCCUCCAUCCUGGCGGAGCUAACCUGGGCAAAGGAGACCCCAGGAACCAGUCCAAGGUCUUUGCCUAUGAUUACUGUUUCUGGUCCAUGGAUGAGACAGAUAAGGAGAAAUUUGCCGGUCAGGAGGUGGUCUUCCAGUGCCUUGGGGAAAGUCUUCUCCACAAUGCCUUCCAGGGCUACAAUGCCUGUAUCUUUGCCUAUGGACAAACUGGUUCAGGGAAGUCGUACACCAUGAUGGGUUCAGGGGACCAGCCAGGUCUGAUUCCUCGGCUCUGCAGUGCUUUGUUUGAUCGAACCCAGAGUCACGAACGGGAGGAGGAGAGCUUCACUGUUGAGGUGUCCUACAUGGAGAUCUACAACGAGAAGGUCCGAGAUCUGCUCGACCCCAAAGGGGGUAGACAAACUCUGAGGGUGAGGGAACAUAAAGUUCUGGGUCCCUACGUAGAUGGCCUGUCUCGACUAGCUGUGGCCAGCUACAAGGAUAUUGAGUCUUUGAUGUCAGAGGGGAAUAAGUCUCGGACUGUCGCUGCUACCAACAUGAAUGAGGAGAGCAGUCGAUCACACGCCGUCUUCAACAUCAUCCUCACACACACACUGAAAGACUUGCAGUCUGGGACAAGCGGGGAGAAGGUGAGUAGAUUGAGUCUGGUAGAUUUGGCCGGGAGUGAGCGAGCAGCAAAGACUGGAGCAGCAGGGGAACGACUCAAGGAGGGAAGCAACAUCAACAAGUCUCUCACCACCCUGGGCCUGGUGAUCUCGGCGCUAGCUGAACAGGGAACAGCCAAGAACAAGAACAAGUUUGUUCCUUACAGAGACUCUGUUCUGACAUGGCUACUGAAGGACUGUCUGGGUGGCAACAGUCGCACAGCGAUGGUUGCAACUGUGAGUCCAGCAGCAGACAACUAUGAGGAGACCCUGUCGACGCUGCGCUAUGCAGACCGAGCAAAGAACAUUGUUAACCAUGCUGUUGUGAACGAAGAUCCCAAUGCUCGCAUUAUCAGGGAACUCCGAGAGGAAGUAGAGAAACUAAGAGAACAACUGACUCAGGCAGAGUCUUUAAAGGCUCCAGAGCUGAAAGAUCGUCUGGAAGAGUCAGAAAAGUUGAUUCAAGAGAUGACCAUCACCUGGGAGGAGAAGCUUCGUAAAACUGAGGAGAUUGCACAGGAGCGUCAGAAGCAGUUAGAGAGUCUGGGUAUUUCUCUUCAGUCUUCAGGGAUUAAAGUUGGAGAUGAUAAGAGUUUUCUUGUCAACCUUAACGCUGAUCCUGCUCUCAAUGAACUGCUGGUGUACUAUCUGAAGGAACACACAAAGGUGGGCUCUGCAGACUCUCAGGACAUCCAGCUGUGCGGGAUGGGUAUCCAAGCAGAGCACUGUGUCAUCGACAUCACUGCAGAUAGUGCAGUCAUCCUCACCCCCUACCGCAAUGCUCGGACAUGUGUUAAUGGAUCUCCAGUGACCAGUGCUCUGCAGCUUCACCAUGGCGACCGCAUCUUCUGGGGAAACAACCACUUCUUCAGGAUCAACCUGCCUAAGCGGCGCUCUCGGGGAGCUGAGGAAGAGGAUGGUGAGGGUGGCGUGAUGAAGAACAGUGGCAGCAGUGAGCAGCUGGAUGCAGAUGGUGACACAGCCAGUGAAGUGUCCAGUGAGGUCAGCUUCUCCUAUGAGUUUGCCCAGACAGAGGUCAUGAUGAAGGCUCUGGGCAACAAUGACCCCAUGCAAGCAGUGCUGCAGUCUCUGGAGAGGCAGCAUGAAGAGGAGAAGCGCUCCGCUCUGGAGCGACAGAGACAAAUGUACGAGCAGGAACUCCAGCAGCUCCGCAAGAAGCUGAACCCGGACCGUCUGUCCACCGGUCCCUCCGGAGGGCCUGCAUCGGGCCAGCAAGGUCCGGGACAGCAGUCUCACUACCGCAGCCUGGAGAGACUCAGUAUUGGAGGAAUGAGCCAGUCAACUAGUGCUCAGAGCAGAUUGAGGCAGUGGAAUGAGGACAGGGAGGCGGUGUUGGUUAGGAGUUUGCGGCGGUUGAGGGAGCAGAUUGUGAGGGCAAACCUCUUGGUGCAAGAAGCCUGUUUCAUCUCUGAUGAACUGGAGCGACACACAGAGUACAGAGUCACUCUGCAGAUCCCAUCAGACAACCUCAACGCAAAUCGCAAGAGGGAUGCAGUGCUCAGUGAACCAGCGAUUCAGGUUCGACGGCGGUGUCGAGGGAAGCAGAUCUGGAGUCUAGAGAAGAUGGAGAAUCGUCUGGUUGACAUGAGAGAGCUGUAUCAAGAGUGGCAGGACUACAACCUCCAUCAUCAUGACAACCCUGUGAUGCGCUCAUAUUUCCGACGAGCAGAUCCGUUCUUUGAUGAGCAGGAAAACCACAGUCUGAUUGGCGUUGCAAAUGUCUUCCUUUCCUGUCUGUUCUAUGACGUCAAGCUGCAGUACGCUGUUCCCAUCAUCAACCAGAAGGGAGAGGUGGCAGGGCGUCUUCAUGUGGAGGUGGUGAGGGUUGGAGGAGCAUUAGAGGACAACAUGGCUGGAGGAGAUGAACCUGACAACAACCAAGACACUGAAGUCCAGGAUCGCAAACUGGUCUGCAUGAUUAAGAUUCUGCAGGCAACUGGUCUUCCCCAAUUCCUGUCCAACUUCGUCUUCUGUCAGUAUUCAUUCUGGGACCAGCCUGAGCCCUUCAUCGUGGCUCCUGAAGUGGACCCAUCGUCCUCGUCACCCAGCACUAAGGACCCACACUGCAUGGUGGUGUUUGACAGCUGCAAGGAGGUGGCAGUGUCAGUAACAGAGGAUUUCAUCGAAUACCUGACUGAAGGGGCAGUUGCCAUUGAGGUGUAUGGACACAGACAGGCUGAUGCAGGGAGAAACCCCGCCCUGUGGGACCUUAGCAUCAUUCAGGCCAAGACACGCACACUAAGAGACAGGUGGAGUGAGGUAACGCGUCGCCUAGAGCUGUGGAUUCAAAUCCUUGAGAUAAACGAGAAUGGAGACUUUGUCCCAGUGGAAGUGGUUCCUGGCAGAGAUGUGCGGACUGGAGGAGUCUUCCAGCUUCGGCAGGGUCAAUCGAGGCGACUCCAGGUGGAUGUGCGUUCAGUUCAGGACUCAGGCACCAUGCCUCUUAUUGCAGAAAUAGUGCUUGCAGUGUCAGUGGGUUGUGUGGAGAUUAGAAACACCACAUCAAACCAGGAAGGAGAUGAGAUGGACAGUUAUCAGGAAAGAGACCUUGAACGUUUACGGCGACAGUGGUUAGCUGCUCUCACAAAGAGACAAGAAUACCUCGACCAGCACCUGCAGAGCCUGGUCAGCAAAGCAGAAAAAACAGAGGACGAUGUGGAGAGGGAGGCCCAGCUGCUGGAGUGGCGUUUGACUCUGACAGAGGAAAGAAACGCUGUUAUGGUGCCCUCUGCUGGCUGCGGCAUUCCUGGAGCACCUGCUGAAUGGGUUCCUCUGCCAGGCAUGGAGACUCAUAUUCCUGUCCUCUUCCUGAACCUCAAACCUGAUGACCUCAGCUCUCAAGACCAGUUUGAGGUUCCUGAGGCUGGAGGUUGGGACGCCAUCCUGAGUGGAGAGGAUGAAGACGACUUCUUUGACCUACAAAUCGUCAAACACUACGAUGGAGAGGUGAAAGCAGAGGCAUCAUGGGAUUCUACCGUACACGAGUGUCCCCAGCUUAGUCGUGGGGGAGCAUGGCCGGAGCAGCGGGUAUACCUGACGAUUCGAGUUGUGGUUCAGCUCAGCCACCCUGCCGACAUGCAGCUGGUCCUGAGAAAGAGGAUCUGCGUUAACGUUAAUCCGGGCCGCCAGGGUUUUGCACACAACUUUCUGAGAAGGAUGUCCACCCGCAGCACCAUACCUGGCUGUGGGGUCACUUUCGAAGUGGUCUCUAACAUCCCUGGGGAUGCCCCUGGUUCAGAGGACAGGGAGAUGCUUGCCAACCUCGCUGCCAGCGCACACAACAGCCAGUCAGGUGAUGACGAGGCUGCAAUUGAAAAAUACCUCCGCAGUGUCCUCAGUCUGGAGAACAUCCUGACUCUGGAUAGACUCAGACAGGAGGUGGCAGUGAAGGAGCAGCUGACAGGCAGAGGGAAGAGCAACAGACGGAGCAUAAGUUCUCCUUCUGUCCACAGGCUGUCUGGAAGUAGGCAAGACCUGUCCACAAGCUGCCUGGAUGAUAAGGGUCGAUGGGAGAGUCAGCAGGAUAUCUUCAUGCCAUCUCAGUUUCACCGCACCCUCCCCCGGCCCGCCUCUUCCCCUUCCACCUACUCCACCUCCCCUUCUUCAUCUUCUUCUCCCUUCGGGAUGACGUCCCCACAGAACCAGGAACCAGAGCAAGUUAAGGCGCUGGUUCCUCAGAUGCCCAAACUGCUUAAGUCUCUGUUUCCGGUGCGAGAUGACAAGAAGGAGCUUAGACCUUCGCCACACAACCAGCAGCAGCAUGUCCCUCGCAUUGUGACAUCAGGAGGGGACGACAAUCGAGUCAAGGCUGAGACGACUGCUACUCUACGGCCCCCAACCAAAGACAAACGGGCAGAGUUCCCAGAAGUCCCUCCUCUUCCUGUGCAUGACCCGCAUGACAUCACCCCCCUCAGCCCCCUCAGCCAGUCAUCAAGCGGCUACUUCUCCAGUAGUGUUUCUACAGUUACCCUGUCUGACGUUCUCCAACCCUCCUCCUCGUCUUCCUCCCUCCUGGCCGCUGAGACUACGUUACCCACAAACCCCCGGCAGCAGGGUGCUGACAGGAACGAUGUUGUAACCUCUCCUUCUCAGUGUGGCGCCAAGAUGGCCGCCGUCGCUCCACCCACUGCCCACAGCUCAGCCAAUCACAACAACGUCACUAUGGAAAACUCCUUCUCUGAACACAAGCUGGUCAACUCAGGAGGAGGUGGAGGAGGUAGAGGAGGUGAAGGCUUUGAGAGGCUGGAGAUCUUUGUGGACGAAGAGGAGCACAGCCAUGAUGACGUACUGCCUGAGUGGCUGACAGAAGGGGCCUCUGUUACAGUAGGAAGCAAUAAAGCCGGGACAGUGCGCUAUGUGGGAGUGACACAGUUUGCUGAUGGCGUGUGGGUGGGGGUGGAGCUGGACACCCCUGUAGGUAAAAAUGAUGGCUCAGUUGGAGGUCAUCGAUAUUUCAACUGUAAACCGGGGUAUGGGGUGCUGGUUCGCCCAGACAGGCUGUCCUUCCGCGAACGGACCAGCCGGCGCACAGGAGACUUCACCGCUCCAGCCCAUGUGCCCGUCUUACGAGGAGAAGCCAUUGUUGCCCGCCGGGGGGAGAACCGCAAGUCCUGGAGCAGUUGAGACAGGGGAAAGUAGGAGCUGGACGGGAGAGAUGAACUCCCCACAGCCCUGCUCCUCCUCCUCCUCUCUUCCUCUCCUCCCAGCUAUGCAACAGGCUCACACAUAAGAAGUGACAUACUGCCUACCCCUCAUAUAGUUUGAAACUACACUCACUACAUCCAUUCACAAGUGGUGGGUGGAUGUAGAAUAAAGACAAUACAGAGACCAUUCAGAGCGAAUGCAAGUAAGUUAAUGAAAGACUAUGCAGAGUAUGUAGAAGUCCGUGGAAGGACUAUUUAUCAUGUGGGAAGAUGCUAAAUGAACGGCAGUCAAUGGGAAGACUGCUGAGAGAGAAUGGAAGUCAGUGCAGACCUUAUCGUAUUUGAAGUGUCGAAGCUCUGCAGGGGCGUGGAUUGGACGCAGCAGACUGGAUGAUUUGCCUCAGAGAUGCUUUCUGAGCUGAUAUACAGGGAUGCAAACGAGUCACAUUUUAGACAGGAGUCACUUUUGAUCCCAGUUUACAUCUGAGAGUAUGUUUCAGACUUGGAGGGGCAUUUGAGAGCGCAGGAAAUAACACUUCUAGAAUGAAAAACCUUCAUCUUUUCCAGUUGGAUGCUGGCUACUAUUAUUAUUUGCCUUUUUUUCUGCUAUUCACCAUUGAUAAUUAUUAGUUAUUACAGUACAAGUAGCUACUGCAAAAGAUUAAAAUAUACUGUAUGGCCAUUCUGAUUUAUAACCAUAGAAUGGUGUCUCUGGCAUUUUUUACCCCUCCUACAUGUCUCACUAUAAUAUGUUCGUUGUGUAUGAGGAAAAAAAUGGAUCAAAUUUGAUUUUUAGACACAAGCUCAAAGCGAGCCAGUCAUACUAUGUUUGCAUCCCUGGAUAUGAUGCCUCUACCUGGUAGUCUUGAGACUCUAUGUCCCAGAAUCCCCUGCUCCAGCUGCCACUCCCCUGAACUCUCUGCGUCUACAAACUGACACGCUGAUUCUGUGUUAGAGACUCGUCUUCUCCUCCUGGACUUCCUUUCUUUGGAAGACAGAUCCUCCCAGAAUGUGCCUUCACCAUGGCUUGGUUUGCAUUUGUUUUUCUGUGUAUUUAAUUUCUGUUAGCUGUGUUUGUGUUAAAGAGAAUGCCUUGUGCUAAGUGUGAGGUGAUCUCAGGGACUGCAGAGGGGAAAGGACAAGGAGGGGUGUGUGUGUGUGUGAGUGUGUGUGUGUCUGUAAAUGUUGUACAGUGUUGCCCUGUGUGCACAAAAAAGUUCAUAUUGUCGUAGCCGUGUAGAUGUUGAAGAUUAUAUGUGUAAAGCAGGAAAAGUUGUGUCCUUAUUGGACAAAGCCACUAUGGGAGCAAGUUGUUUGUACUGGGAGGCUUUAAAAGUCAAUUUUGCACUGGAGACGUUGGAUAAGAAGCAUCUGUAUGUUAGCAGAACAUGUCUGUGGUCAUGGUGCAGUGAGACAGAGAGUUAGACAAAGGUAAACAGAUUCCUCCAACCAUCUAGUAAUGUGCAAAUGGUUGUUGAUGACCUUACAUUAGAGUAUAUUUUCCAUCUGAAAGUCUGUUCUUGGAGCUAAUUAGCUGGAUUUCCUUUGUGACUGACAUUUGGACACCAGGAGGUGCUGUUCAGAGUCGUGCUCUGUGUUGGUGGGAAUAGGCAUGUGUAUGUGUUAAGGAAAGGAAAGUGAGACGGACAUGCAGAAGCUCUGCUGGUUAUUUCACGCUUGAGAAGAUAAGUAAUUUGCUUCUAUGCAUUUGAUCUGUUUUAAAAGAAGCUAGUUUUUAUCUUUUAUUUUUUAAUAACUGCCACAACUGGGAGAUCAAGCUGUGUGUUUUGGGAAAGUAUUAAACACAAAAGCAGUUCUGACUGAUGGAACAUUCCUGGCAUGUCUGUCAAGGAAAAUGCAUCAUGAUGUGGCGGACUUUAAUGGACAUUGCAUUCCAGAGGGACUUUAACAUAAUAUAAUGACCUUAUUCUUUGUGUAUUUAUUUAUGGAAAAGCAUUGACAGUACAUAUGUGUACCAUCUGUUGAUGAGGAAUAUAGACAAAAUACACGUGUCCUCAAUAUGUUUCUGUAAGUUAAAGGGGCACUCCACUGAUUUAACACACAGUCAGUUUACUUGUCAUAAGGAGUGCUACUCAGUGGAAAUACUUGUGUCCUCUGUUCAGGGGAAGCUGUAGUCUGGGAAUCUGUCAAAUCUGCCGAUGUAUCUGUUCACCCUCCCAAUUAAACGACGACCUGGCCCUCGUCGGGCCAAUAACAACCAUUUAUCUAAUAUGGGGCGGGUUUCAGACAACUGGCAGAGCCUUGGUGCUUUAUUCAUAAUGCAUAAUGACAACGUUUUUUGCUAAUGUCCCCUCAUGUCAGGGAAACUAUGGUUAGCAUAAACCUAGCGUAGUACAGAGGACCUUUGAGACAUUUUUAGAUAGCAUCCAAAAUGGCUGCUGCUGAUCUGGAAUUUCUAUUGAAGUACUAUUUUCAAAUUCUCGACUAGUCCCAGCAACACUCGCUCACAGAUAUAUUGAUGCUACAUCAUCACAGCCACAUCACAAGUUUCACUGCUCUGAUUAGUUGUGCGUCUAUCCAAUUGCGUUCAGAGGCAUUUUGGUCUAUGGGUCAGGUUAUGAUAGCCUGGAAAUCCAGACCCAAAUCUAGAAAGAUUUAAGGUCUGGCCAUGAGUAAUGAAAAUGGCCCAACUCAGGGGCGGCACCAAGCAUGCAUUUAUAAAUGUCACUGCACGCAAUUGGAUAACACUACGACCAAUCAGAACAAUACACGGGGUGACGUAUCCAGAGCGCUACCAGUGGAGCUAACUGGUAGAUUAGACUCUUGCCGUAUCCGGUCGGCAAAACAACAAAAACGUCCUUCUUGCAAAGAAAAGAUUCGAGCGCCGUCUUCAGUUCCUCUUUUAGAGAAAAAGCCAAGUCUAACUCGUUCAUUGUGGCGGCCAAAGCCGUUUCAAACAACUGGUGUUCAUCCAUAGCCAUCUUGCAAUGUUUACUGACUGAUUCCGGACUUCAUCGUCGCAGCGCUGUCGUCAUCUGUUUAGCUCGCCUCUGGCCCGCCUAUAUCAGAUACACCGAUGUGAUUGGUGCAGCUCGGUUCCAAGGGCAUGGGUAAUGAGCAUCAUUACUGAUUGCCAGAGUGACUCGCUGAGCAAAUUCAAAUUGUGCUCUCACGAGAACUCUGGAUUUCCAGGGUAAGGAUGUGGACUAACUUAUUCACGAUUUGGUCUGGUGAUGUCAGGCUUGGGGAGCUUAAUAAAGUCUGAGAAAAUAACUCUGAUGACGUCAUCAGGGUUACUACAUGAAGACUACAAAUUUAAGCCUGUGUUAUAAAAUGGGUGGGCGCAUGGAGUAUAGUAGACGUGGGCAUAUAUCAGGCAGGAAGAGUCCAACAAAAGGAAAUACGGUGUUGCAUUAUGGGAAGUGUAGUCGCGAGUGUUUUUGGAACUUGACCCCGUUCAAAAGUCAAGAUAUCAAAGCUUUUGCUGCCUUGAUUUUGACGAUUUAAAAAAAAUCUGUCUCUUGGAAGCUCUCUAAGUUUGUAGAGUUGAUAUAAUAAAUCAUAGGAGUACCUCUUUGAUGAACGAGAUUAAGGUCAGUGUAAAGUGUUUGGCUUGAGUCGUCUUGAGUUGGAACGAUGCUGACUCACCAAGUGAGCAGAAGACUUGCUGAUUUGAUAGGUUGAUUUGAUGAUGGAAAAGUAAUAUUUUUUCAUCAUCACUUGGUGCAGUUCAGUACCAUGUCUCAUGUACAACAUCUAAUUUAAGUUCAUAUCCUUAUGUUGAAAAACCUGAAUAUGCUAUUGUAUGCUGUUUCUAAGGUAACAUUGAGUUAAUCCAUGUAUAAUAAGGAUAUACAAAUUUGUGAUGUAAUGAUUUAAUGAUUGACACAUAUGAAAACAUUAUCUGGAAUACUAAGUGCACGUAAACGCACUCAGUAUGUCCAAACACUAUCAUCUUUAUGGAUUCAAAACUGUUUUUCCAUUCCUUUUAUCGUACGCCUGCUUAAUUCGAGAGGCGUGAAUUUACUAUUUAUAUUUAAAUGCUUGUACACAUGCAUUUAUCGCAUGAAAAUUGAUAAAGCCUUUUUAUUUUAAUAAAUAUUGCACAAAUGAUUCCAUGUAAAUUGCUGCUAUUUACAUUGUAAAUCUACCUGUAAAUUGAUUUAAUUGAUUUAUCUAACAUCCUGUAUCUCAUACUGUAUUCUAUAUUGGAAGUCAAUAGGUUUUUUUUUUGUUUUUAAUCCCAGACAGAGAAACUAAAGUCAGUGCUUUGGUUCAGUGGCCAAUAUAUUUUUAAUAUGAAGCCGUAAAAUUCCUUAAAAAAAAAAAAGAGGCACUUUGUCAUGUGAGCCUUGAAGAUGAUGUAAAGUAAAGGUUGAAAUGAGUGAAGAGGAAGCUAUAAUGAUGGAGUUGCAUUGAAGUUGAAGUAUGAGACGAGGAGACAGUAAAUCACCAUAGUCUUAUUAUUAUCUGUAUUUAUUAUCUGGCCUUAAAGCCCAGGACCAUGGAGUCCUCUGAUUGGUUGGUUGGUUACUAUUAGGUGGCUGUCUGGUAUGUUAUUGGUUGGCAAGUUGUGAAGUGGUUUGUAGAUUGGACUCCUGCUUGGAUGUUUUUAUAAUAUUGUGGUUCCUAACGGUUUUGUGGUAAUGAAGGAAAGGAGUAAAGUUUUCUCGUGUAUUGUGUGUGUUAGUGUGUGUGUGAAUGUUGGGUGGACCUGGCUUUGAUUCAGUCGUGUCUGUGAGUUCUUGCCAAGAUGGGAAAUGGCCACCAGCUGCCACUUUACUUAUUAUACAUAGGACUAAAGCUGAGAGCAGCAAACCUUCACCCUCCCUGCUCCCUCUUGCUAAAUUUAAAAUUCCAGUCUCUGUGGCUGGUGGACUUUCCCUCCCUGGUCUUUGCUCGGGGCACUGUUAAAGGGGUUUGAGAUCACUUCAGGCUUCUGGAUGUCCCUUUUUGUUCUUGUGCCUCAGAAACCACGUGACCAUUUUCCUCACACUGUUUUCAUAUCGACGCUUCAAUUCAUUUGCACAAAAAGUCUCCAGAGGGAACCGGGAGAGUUCGUUUCUGGAACGCUUGUAUAUGUAGGAAGAAAAUACAACCUGAUUUUAUUUUAUGAUUCAGUGUUCUCAAGUUACCUGUUGUUCUUUUAAUUGUGUUUAAAUUGUUUUAAUUAUCUGCUUUUAAUUUACUGUUCUCCAUCAAUCACUGUUCAACUACCUUUCAAGUAAAAACAUGACAGCUGGUUAAAUUGGGAGCUAUUAUUUUACAGGACAGCAGAGCUAAGCUCAAACCUGGUGGUAAUAACCAACAACAGAAACAUGUCUUUUCUUCCAGCACACAUCUUCCUCUACAACCCUCCACCCAGUCUGCACCUUCAUAUAUGCAUAACUGUAACAGAUUAAGUGUGACGCUGACAUUGGAUAGAAACAGUGCAGCUGAUGGGCUACCUGCUGCACAGUAGCCACUUCAAUAAGGAACUGUAAAAAGAGAAAACUAGCAUUAGUGAUAACUGUUUUGCUCAGAAUGGAUUUAAUGUUGUAACUGUAUGUCAGUGGUCUCCAUCUCUGCUGUUGUAGAGGAUGGAGCGAGCCUGCAGUGUUAUUCAUUUGACUGUAUGAACCAUGAGAACCACAUUCACUUCUGUUUUGAUUGAUGUGAUUUUUGUCCAACUAUAUUCAUAUUGAUCUGUACGAAUCUUCAGCCCCCCCACAAUGUUUCUUUUGUUACAGUUUUAUUUUUGUUGGUUCCGUGUCUUAAGUGCUUCCGUUUUGCUCAGAAUUUGUUGCAUUCACCUCACCUAUUGCAUUUCCUGUAGCCCUGUGUGAUAACCGGUCUGGAGCAACAUGUUCCCUGCCUUAAAGGGACAGUUCACCCCAAAAUCAAAAUACAUAUUUUUCCUCUUACCUGUAGUGCGGUUUAUCAGGCUAGCUUGUUUUGGUGUGUGUUGUUGAAUGUUGGUGGCAUCGGCCUCAGAGAUGUCUGCCUUCUCUCGACUUGGGAUGCUCAAGGCCCCAAAAAACACAUUUGAAAAACUCUACAGCGAUGUCUCUUCAGAAAUCAUGAUCACGUUCUUCAAGAUAAUCCACAGACCUUUAUGUGAGCAGUGUUGUGUAGGACCUACUUUCUUUGCACUGAACUAUACCUGCUGACCGUAUCACCAUGCAGAAGGAAGCGUGCAUCUACUCGUGUGUGACAGCACGUGAUGGCGUCAUUUAUUGCGUCCUCCUCGGCUGAGCUGAAACAUUAGCUAGUUCAGUGGUGCUAGGUGAGCUAGCAGUAGAUCCACACUUUCUUCUGCAUAGCGUUGUGGUUGGCUGGUGUAGUUUGGUACAAAGAAAGUAGUUCCCACAAGAGACUGUCCACAAUAGAGUCUGAGUAACGGGGUCAUGAUUUCUGGAACAAGACAUUGCUGUUGAGUUUUGUUUUGGUUUUUUUUUUUUUAAAUGUAUGGGGUUCUUUUUGGCACUUUGAGUACCACAAGCUGAGUGCCAUCUAGUUCCAUUAUAUUGGAGAGAAGGCAGACAUCUCUACAGCUGAUAUCUCCAACACUCUGCAACUCACACCAAAACAAUCUAGAUUGACAAUGAGCACUACAGGCAAGAAGACAAAUAAGUAUUUCUGAAUUUGGGGUGAACUGUCCCUUUAACAUGGCCUUUAACCUGGAGUCAGACUGGUUUAGCAGGAACAAUCCCAGCUCUUCAACUAAACACAUCACUGCUGAGCUAUAAAACUGAAGUGUACUGCUAUUCAACUUGAUCAUUCAAAAAGAGAAAAAUAUCCCCCCAAUUUUUUAACAGUUUAUCUUAGGUAAUUUGGUGACAGAUGCUGUCGGGUCUUAAAUACAUCAAAGGGAUUCUGGAAUAAGAUUUUACUGAAGUACCAUCCUGUAACGCUGCCUUACUGGAGGCAAGGUCAUCGUGUUGCCCCCUGGUGGCCACUGUCACACCUCAGUCAGAAAAGGCCUGACGUCCGCACAGGGAAUUUUAUAUACAACCACCAAAUCAUGAAACCAGUGAAUUUACACCCCACUACUGCCCCACAGCAGCACGCCUGACAGCUUCUGCCUCCCUGGGAUCAUUAUACCACCAGGUGGUGUUGUGUUUUAUAAUCAGUAGCUGGCUUGAGUUUUAUAUUUGCCGGGCACUAUAACAUAUUUCCCUGCCUCGGUAGUGAGUGUUCACCUUUUUUACUACCUCUUUCUCGCCUGUCCAGAGUGUUCUGCCAACUUCUUCCCUGAGGCCUUUUAGCUGACAAAGAGUUGUAACCUGCUUCACUACUGAGCUGGCUGCACCCCGUUCACCUUCUGCGUGAUGUCAGAUAUUAGAAUAAACCACACAAAUGAGCAAUACGUGGCUGUCAGGUGAUGCAGCGCAGCCUUGUUGCAGGCUUUUUGUUUUGUUUUUUGAGCUGGGUUCUGGGAAAUUCAGAUACAACUCCUCCUCUUGGUGCAUUUUAAAGGCAGUUGGUAUUAAUGUUGCAUUAAAAUUUCCUGCAUACCAGCAGCCAUAUUUGAUCGAGCUGUGGAAUAAAGGAAGGCUAAUAGGAGCUUAAGGAGAGGGCUUGGUGCUUGCUAAGUCAGGGAGUUUUAGCAGAACUAUGUUACUCCUGCAGAAAAGCCCCUCCAGUCCCUGUAACCUUUCACACAUUCAGCUAAAGACAAGUUCGAAUAAUCAGAGAUGGGUUUAGCGCGGUCUCGGCCUGGUCAACAGUAUUACUAUAUCAUCCUAACCAAUCAUUAUCAGUUGUGUUUGUUGCUACUGUUGAUUCUGUGGCACAGGUUUGCCUUGAUGUGUCAUGUGUAUGUGUGAGUGCACCAUUGGAGUGGUUGUUCUAUGUAUGUAUGUGUGUAUAUAUGCGCAUAUUAAGACUUAUAAAAAGAAAAAUCUGAGCACAAGUUUGGGUUUUGAUUAAUUUAAUUGUUUUAUGUAAUUCUAUGCUGCAAUCCAAAGAAUAAACAUGUAUUAUAAUACAUUUAUAAUUUUCAUUUUUAUCAUCUGAACAGUAAUCUGGUAAGAAAAAAUAAAAAAGGAAGAUUAAAAGAGUA